CUAUGGACCUUCGCGAUGCCUGGUUGGUUGUCUUCCCACAUAUAAAUAUACUUUUAUCCUUUAUCCACAAACAGUCAAAUACACUGCAAAUCAAACGCCAUUGAAUUGUGAGCAUGAUGAGUUGAGUACAUAUAUAGGAGCCAGAAACAGCAACAUAGAAGAUGGAACCAGAAACAUCUUCAAGGCUUGUUUUGUUGCUCACUGUCAUGCUUCUGAACUUGGCUGUGGGAGCUCUCAGUACUGCAGAUAACUAUAGCAGAUCUGACUUCCCACUUGACUUUAUCUUUGGUUCAGGCACAGCUGCUUACCAGGUGGAAGGUGCUGCUAAUGAAGAUGGAAGAACUCCUAGCAUCUGGGAUACAUUUGCUUAUGCUGGGUAUGCGCAUGGAGAAAAUGGAGAUGUAGCUUGUGAUGGUUACCACAAAUAUAAGGAAGAUGUGCAGCUCAUGGUGGAAACAGGCCUUGAUGCCUAUAGAUUUUCCAUUUCUUGGUCAAGGCUGAUACCAAAUGGUAGAGGGCCUGUCAAUCCCAAAGGAUUACAGUACUACAACAAUCUCAUCAAUGAACUCAUCGCCAAUGGAAUCCAACCACAUGUCACACUGCACAACUUUGAUUUUCCACAGGCACUUGAAGAUGAAUAUGAAGGAUGGGUCAGUCGUGACAUCAUAAGAGACUUCACAGACUAUGCGGAUGUGUGUUUUAGAGAGUUUGGUGAUAGAGUCUUGUACUGGACUACUGUGAAUGAGCCCAAUGUGUUCGCGUUGGGUGGUUAUGAUCAGGGAAAUGCCCCACCUCGUCGCUGUUCUGCCCCAUUUUGUGCUCCAAGUAACAGCACUAAGGGCAACUCAACAUAUGAGCCCUACUUGGUAGUUCAUCAUAUUUUGUUAGCUCAUUCUUCAGCUGCGAGAUUAUACAAGAGGAAAUAUAAGGACCAACAACAUGGAUUUGUUGGUAUCACUGUCUACACUUUUGGGUGUUCCCCUUUAACAAAUACAGAAGAAGACAGGGUAGCAGCUCAAAGAGUCCGAGACUUCAUGGUUGGUUGGAUUAUGGAACCCUUGAUGCAUGGAGACUAUCCCAUUUCCAUGAAGAGAAAUGCAGGGGCAAGAAUUCCAGCCUUCACAAGUCAUGAAUCAGAACAGGUUAAGGGUUCAUCUGACUUUAUAGGUGUAAUUCACUAUACCAAUGUUAUUAUUACAGACAAUUCUGAGGUCCUGAACAUCAAACUGAGAGAUUACAGUACAGACAUGGCUGCAAAGAUCCAGGGACUUGACCUGCUUGGAAAUGAAGAGUACCCUUUAACUCCAUGGGGUUUACGCGAAGAACUCAAUAAAUUCAAGGUCCUUUAUGGCAAUCCUCCACUGUUCGUUUAUGAAAAUGGUCAACGGACAGCAAGCAAUUCGUCACUUCAUGACUUGUCAAGGGUAAAAUACUUGCAUGGAUACAUUGGUGCCACACUUGAUGCCUUGAGAAAUGGAUCAAACAUAAAGGGGUAUAUUGCAUGGUCCUUCAUGGAUGUGUUUGAGCUGCUUGAUGGAUACAAAUCAAGCUUUGGCCUCUACUAUGUUGAUAGGGAUGAUCCAGAGUUGAAGAGAUACCCAAAGCUCUCAGCGAAAUGGUACAGACAGUUUUUGAAGGAUAGAAGCACCUAUAUAGUUGGAGGAGAUAUUGAACUAAAGCAGGAACCAUCACACGUUUUUGUUGGCCACAUUGAUUAGUAAUCUUCCUAGUCAUGAUUACUUUCCCAAUUUGCCUUCUCUGAAGAUAUAUGAAAUAAGAAUUUAUUUGAAGAAAGUCAAGCAACCUGGGCAAGUGUUUACUCUGAUUGAAAAGAGUGAGAGGCUGUAGAGUGUAGUGCUGCAGUGUGUAUGCACAACAAUAUACAAAUGGCUGUGUCAUGCCAUAUAAAAUAAGGAUAGCCGACCUUUGCUUAUGACAUAAAGAAUUUUGUAAAAUAAGUGUUCCAGUUAAAUAAGUUUUUACUUUUUAGUCCUUA